CUGUGCCGGCGGCCACUCGCCUGUCCAGCACCGCAGCAGUGACUCCGGCAGAGCUAUGGACGGCCAGAUGUUCCUGCUUCUCUUGGUCGUCUCCGCCAGCGUGUCGCAGAUAUCAGCGAACAAGAAGACUUGUGCUUGUGGCUUGAACACGGAAGGAGUCAAUGCAUGUGGAUGCCAACAGCUUGUGGUGCGACCGCCCAAACUGCACAAAAUACCUUUCACGGAGCCAAGGGUUGUUUGCAAGAGACUGCCUGGCUCUCCCAAACUAACGCCUAUUGGUGAUGCCUGCAGCUGCGGUCAUAUUAACGUCGCUCCUGCCAUCGGGCCGAAACCGCCUUGCCCCCGUUGCGGGCUGCUGAGCAAGCACCGCUCCUCCGCUGCCGAGCUGUCGGCCGAGGUGACCCGCGAGUCGCAGGCGCGCCACUCGACAGUGCUGGACCACUUGGGCGCCGGCUGGCAAGGCUCCUUCUACUCGGGCGGCCAGCACCAGUUCCAGCAGCAGGUUUCAACCGGCCAGCACCAGUUCCAGCAGGUUUCAACCGGCCAGCAGGGCGGCCAGGCCGCGGCCUUCUGCGAGGAGGACAAGUCCCACGUGCCAGCUCCGGCUGACGCCGUGUCCCUCUCCCUGGCGUACGGACUGAUCAGGAACGCCGCCAACGCCGUCCGCGAAGAGGGACUACUCUACGGGCCGAAGAGCAUACCAAGGGACGGUUCCGCCAGAAAGACGAUCAGCAACGUGCCGGAGGAGCGGCUGCACAGCAUCGACCGGCAGGUGAUGGAGCUGCGCGUGCGGCCCGCGGCCGGCGGCUGCAGCGACCCUGCCAUGCAGCACGAGGAGCAGGCGCUCGCGGAGGAGCAGCAGAAGGAGCUGCUGGAGGCGCAGCGCCGCAGCCAGGGCUACUACAGCUCCAGGAGCCACCCGCUCAACUACGUCGAGCUGGGCUACAUGCCCGAGGGUGCCAGGGCGACUCACUACGCCUCGGGCUCGUCCACUCGCUACGCAGAAAGCGCUCUCGCCCACGAAAGGCACUUCGCCGUCGCCGGCUACAGCGGCGAGGAGGGCGAGGAGGGCGGCGACUACGAGCAGGCGCAGCAGGCGCAGCAGGUGCUGCAGCAGGCGCAGCAGGUGGUGCAGCAGGCUGACGACGUGCUCGACGACUCCGGCGAGGCGCAGCGCGGCUCGCAGGAGGGCGACUGCGCGGACGGCUACUCCAGCGCCGCCGCGUCCAGCCGCGACGCCGAGUUCGUCGGCCACCACGAGCGCGGCUACUAGUUGCCGCGACGGCGCGAAGCGUGUUUCGCAGCGAAUCCUGUGUCACGAUGGGAUGCACGUCACAGAUUAAGAAACAUCAUCGUAUGUCCGUAAACUAGUGAUGGUGAUUUACAAGUGAAAGUUUGAGAAUUUGAUUUUGUUUCCACGUUUGUGAUACUUUUUUUUUGUUAACGUUUGUAGACAUAUUUUAUGGAGGAAAUUUUGAGUUUUAAGGAAUGACUUAUUUGAUGAGUUGUGUCUUUAUGGUUGUGUUUACAUGAAAAAGUAUUUUUCCCACCUUGGUGCUGAUGGGUCAAGCUAAUGUAGAUUCGGUAUUUGUUGGCUACGAAAAUUAGCUUCUGCGCAGUCUUGCCCGCGCCUCAUUGUAAAUUUACAUUACAAUUUUCACGAUGCUGCGACGGAGUAUCGCUGAAAGGUUGGCAAGAAGAAUAACAGUGCUAUCAUUCACUCUCUUGCGAAGAAUUUUUUCCCCCAUUUAUUCGGGACAUAGAAAUUACAAUGCGAAACUUUAUAAGCUUAUGAGAUAUAUUAUUACUUCUUUGAAAACUGUUAAAUUGCAUGUGUUUGAAAACAAGCGUGAGCUAGAUGCGCAGUUUUAGUGAGGAAAUAAACUACCAAUCCGUCGCAUGCGAUUUUAAAAGCCUCCGAUUGGCUGGAACCGGUCGCCUCACCAAGCGUCUCUGCGAAACACGCCAAACGUAAUUAGUUGCUUUGUGGCGCGAUGAUAUUUAAUCUACCAGAGCUUUGACGCAGGCGAUGCGCGCACAGUUCGUUGCACGUUGCACGUUCAUCGCUCAUCUCAUGCGAGGAUGGGCAGUUUGUUUACUUUCCCGCCAAACAUAUCGCGAAAAGCUGAAGUCAGUUGCAGGAGUGCUGAUAGAAGUCUAGGUUUACAAAAUGUCACGUAAGUUUAUAGAGUUAUUAAUAGUCGUAUUCUGGCCAUUGAAACAUUAUCAAAGCAUUUCGAAAUUACGCCAUCAUUUUUUAUUUAUAUUUUUGCUAUAAUUCUAAUUUUCAAUUAUUUAUCUCAAAUAUUUUGCUAUUUCAAGGCAUACAUUUUAUACCUUGUUGCAAACACAUAUUUUCUAACAGGCUCUAGCCUGUAAGCGCCGUGAGGAAAAAAUUUAUUGUUUCAUGCGGGCGACAACUAUCAUGAUAAUACACCAAUUCACAAAUGUUGACUUUAAAAAGUAGCCAAAGCCUAGUCCUACGCCAUUUAAACUCAAAACCAGUUUAGCACGAAAGCUUUACUGCCAGCUGUAUCAAAAUAUUUUAAAUUGCAAAAUGGCGAGGCCUAACGCCCCUUGAAACUCGCAGUAUACUGCUGGCGUCGGAUGCAUCGCAGCGCAUCACGACGCCAUCUUGCGUUGAUUGGCGACUGUGCGGGCAGAUCAUUCGGCUGCCGCCAAGGCGAUCCGGGUUCGAUAACACGCGUAGUUGAACCUGGAUUUUCUGCAAUCCGGAAACGUGGCGGACGUUGACACGAACAGCGGAUAUUUCUCAAAAAUGUUCCCAUUUUUCCGAAAGGUGUAUUCCCUUCGCUACAUUUACAAGUACCUCAACUUACCGAGAUAAAAUACUCAAACCCCUGAUUUUUCAGAUAUAUAUUUAAGCCCAAAUAAAAUAAACGAAAAAAUUAAUAGAAAUAUUUGCAUUUAUAUAUUUUAAAAGGGAUAGUUACAUUGAAGAAUUUAUUGUAGUUCGUAAACCUCACUUUUACUUGUGCGACGAAUUGUAUUAAAAUCAUAGUGUAACUACUUCAUUGAGAUUCAAACCGUAGUGAAUAUUUUCAUAUCAAUAUAAUUGUCUCUGUUUUAUAAUUUUUGACUGUCUUUGGUGAAACUGGCUCUAAAUGUGAUAAUAUUUGUAAUGCAACCAGUGAGUGGAAAUAUUUCAUGAUAUCACGCAGUGCUUCAUUUUUAGGAGAACAUUUUCACUAACUAAAGACACUUAAAAAUUGAUGAAAAUUUGUUUUAUAAAAUUGGCAACCAUAAAAGGGAACAUUUUAUAGUGGAAAUACUAAAUGCAUUGUUUCAAUGUUCAAGUGUAACGUGUACUUUGUGAUGAUUAUAAUCUAAUUCCUAGAGAAACAAAUGUUCAUUACAAAAUUACCUAUUAACUAAAAGAGAGUAAAACGUAUUCACUGACCACAUUUUGAUUUAUUUCAAUGGAAAACCUGCAUCUUUAUUGCAUAAGGACGUGACUGUUGUAUUAUAGUGUCAAAAUAAAAAUCUUAAACUAAUUUUUGUACAGCAAUAAAAUAAACAUAUGAUUUUUACAAUUUUUACUAACCAUUUUAUUGAACUUUUUAAUUAUUAACAAUGUAGAAAUGUUUCGUUGAAAUGUUUUACGCUAAAAUAUUAAAACGCUUAUUUUAAAAACUUUGUUAGGGCACUUAUUUUACUAAUAAAUAACAUAAAUAUGUUUUGCUCUUUUUUGCCAAUAAACUGUACGAUACGUAAGUAAAACAAGCAAGAUGUCACAUUCUUUUGAUAUUCAUCUUAGUUACAAUUUCACCUCAACUGUCAUCAUACAUUCUGCUUGAAUAGUAAUCACUGCGUAUUGCUGCAAAUGUAUGACUGAUAUACAGAGAAUGCAACACUCGCGCUUAAGUCUGUGUAACGUAACUUGUCUUCAAUUUGUAUGUUCUAAAUGUAUCAAGUACCAGUAAUACUCAUUUCUCAUA